UUAAGUGGGGCCCUACCCUGCCCUUGUUGCCUCAGUUUUCCCAUCUGUUGCAUGUGUGAGUCGGGCACCCAUUGGAACUACUUUUGCAGCCAGAGAAGGAAACCCGGCUGGAUUUGCCCAGGAGGGAGGCAGGGAAGUUGUUCCAGAGGAAGGUCAAGUUCUUCUUUGAGAUGAGAAUCCUCAGGUGUCUGGUUUGAGACCUCCGUAACACCCCUCCCAGGACGACGAAGCCCGGAGUGUGAAGCGUCUGGGAUCUCAUCCUAAACAAGGCAGCCAACCGAGUUCAAUACUUAGGCAUCCUGCAGGCGGCGCCUGCCGCCGCUCCUUGUUGCAGCCGGGACAGUCCGAAUACCUACAACUCCCGGCGUGCGGCGCGCGCCGAAGCUCCUUUACUGUCAUGGUGAAACAGGGGAGCUUGCCUCGUUGCCUUCUGGGAAAUGAAGUCUCGCUGUGAAGAGAGGCAGGGCUUUAAGUAGUAGGCGGAUCCGUAGCCAAUGAACAGACGCGGAUAGCUUUGAGUGCGGGGCUGAGAAACCAAUAGACAUGCGGUAUUGAGAAGGUGGGUUUUCCGGUAGUGAAGGCCUGGUGAACGGCUGCGCAAAAAAGGGCACUUCCUUUUGCGGGUGGCGGCGAGCGCGGAGAGAACGCCAUGAAGGCUUCUGGCACACUACGAGAGUACAAGGUGGUGGGUCGCUGCCUGCCUACCCCCAAAUGCCACACACCGCCCCUCUACCGCAUGCGAAUCUUUGCGCCUAAUCAUGUUGUUGCCAAGUCCCGCUUCUGGUACUUCGUGUCUCAGUUGAAGAAGAUGAAGAAGUCUUCAGGGGAGAUUGUCUACUGCGGGCAGGUGUUCGAGAAGUCCCCCCUGCGGGUGAAGAACUUCGGUAUCUGGCUGCGCUAUGACUCCAGGAGCGGCACCCACAACAUGUACCGGGAAUACCGGGACCUGACCACCGCAGGGGCCGUCACCCAGUGCUACAGAGACAUGGGCGCCCGGCACCGCGCCCGGGCCCACUCCAUCCAGAUCAUGAAAGUGGAGGAGAUCGCAGCCAGCAAGUGCCGCCGGCCGGCCGUCAAGCAGUUCCACGACUCCAAGAUCAAGUUCCCGCUGCCCCACCGCGUCCUGCGCCGUCAGCACAAGCCACGCUUCACCACCAAGAGGCCCAACACUUUCUUCUAGGUGUGGGGCCCUCGCCCGGGUGUGCCCCAAAUAAACUCAGGAACACCCCGGUG